AUGGCUGAAAAAUAUGUUGAUGACGGUAAAAUAAUGACUCGUGUUACGGAUAUAUUAUUAGAGCCAAAACGAAUGCUUCCACCCAUCAAGGGAUAUGAGAACGAACCGCUUGUUUCUCUAGAAGAAUCAGUGAAACCACUAGUAUCCUUCGUUCCUGAUGUUGAACAGAUGGUUUGGACUGUAAAACAAAACUGUCAACAAUCAGAAGAUCAUCUUUCACUCGACGAAUCCGGGUCAAUAAUGCUUUACACAUUAGAAUGGGAACCAGCCGAAUCUUCAUUUUACUACGUUCUCAAUUCAACGUUACGAAGUGAACAUCGGCAGAAACUACGACCGUGGUUUCUAUAUCUUCGAUUGGUGAUUUAUGCCUUGGCUAAGCUUCCUUCGUUACCACCUCGAACGAUCUAUCGAGGUGUGAAGAUGGAUUUGAGUAAAGAGUUUACGAAAGACAAAACCUUUAUCUGGUGGUCAUUUUCAUCGUGUACAUCGACAAUUGAAGUGAUCAAACAUUUCCUUGGUGAUAAAGGACCUCGAACUAUUCUUAAUGUUGAAACCCAUUCAGCGAAAGAUAUCAGUCGACAUUCAUUUUAUACAACAGAAAAUGAAAUUUUGUUAUAUCCUGCAAGACAAUUAAAAGUCAUAUCAUCCAUCGAUCUUGGAAGUCAAUUGCAUAUAGUCCAGUUGCAAGAAGUUCAACCUCCGUUUUCACUCAUACAUAUCCCGCAAACUGCUCAAGUGAUCUCUCCACUAACAUUUAUAUCAUCUACCAAUAGUACAUACGUCAAUCCCGAGCUAAAGCAACUUAUUGAACAAUAUCAACCUAACUCAAAAAUAACUUUAACUGGACAAAGAUUGACGGACCAGAACAUGUACAUAGUCGUCCAAGAAGCUCUUGUCAGUAAACAAUGCGAAGAACUUUGGAUAGCGUACAACCAGAUAAAUUCAGAAGGUGUCAGAAUUUUGGCUGAAGGCUUAAGUAAAAGUACAACAUUGAAAAUGUUGGCGAUAGGUCAAGACCAUCUGCAUAAUGAAGGUAUUCAAUAUCUGGCUAGUGCAUUGUCGCGUACUAAUAAUACUCUCGAAAGCCUUGCACUUGAAAGAACCGGAUUGACAGAUAAUGGCAUCGAAUAUCUAAGUGAAAUGCUGAAAACGAAUAGACAUCUGAAGGUAUUAAUUCUUCCUACCAAUCUCAUAAGUGAUCAAGGCGUCAAAAUUUUAGCUGAUACACUCAUACGGCAUAAUCGUACUUUGAAAGUCGUUGAUCUGCAGAACAAUAAGCUAAAAUAA